CUUCUCAAAGAAAAGGUAUCAUCAGCAGUGAAAGGUAUCUUCUACUCUACUGCAGUAUUUUCUGCAAAAAAAACGAGCGGAUAUCCAGUCAGACUACAAACCCCAAGACUACAAUCAGCAUGUGCAGCAUUUAUUCAAUAGGUCAUAAUUCCUCGGCUGGCCGCUUCCCAGUGAGGCCCAUCGACAUGGGAGAGAUAAUCUGUCACAUGCCACUGGAAGUGUUUCCGGAGGCAGACGAUGGUCAGUUAUUAGUGCGCUCCAUAGACAUCUUUAAUUCCAAAACGGGACAAAAUCGCCUGGAGCAUCACACAGACCGUUAUCAAAGUGAUAACCUGAUCGUCCGUCGAGGGCAGAGCUUCCAGAUGUGGAUAGAGCUCUCACGAGAUUUUAAACCCGAAAGUGACCAACUGAACCUCGUCCUCAAACUAGGCUCGUUGCACCUGGCAAAAAGCGCCUUAGUGACUGUUCCUCUAGUUAAGGAGUUCCAGGGCAACCAAUGGGAGGCUAAGAUUAUCGAACAGAGGAGCAAUAAGAUAAAACUCUCCGUCUUCUCUCCUCCAAACGCUCCUGUUGGUCGUUAUGAGCUCAGUGUGGUAACAAGAGACACCACUUUCAUUCCCAGACCUGAAAACGACAUCUACCUGCUGUUUAACCCUUGGUGUAAAGAUGAUACAGUGUUUAUGGAUAACGAGAAUGAGAGGAAUGAAUAUGUUCUGAAUGAUGUGGGAAAGUUGUAUUACGGUACUGCGUCUCAGAUUGGAGGAAGGACCUGGAACUUUGGGCAGUUUGCUGAAGGGAUUCUGGCAGUGUGUCUGUUCAUACUGGAGAAGGGUAAAGCCCCUGCUUCAGGUUGGGGAGACCCCAUUACUAUCUCCAGAGUUGUGUCAGCUAUGGUCAACUCUCCUGACGAUGAAGGUGUGCUAGUGGGAAACUGGUCAGACAACUACGUGGGCGGGACUCCCCCUGCAGCAUGGAGCGGCAGCGUGGACAUCCUGAAGCAGUACCACAAAAGCAGAGGCAUGCCUGUAAAAUAUGGCCAGUGCUGGGUCUUCUCAGGGGUCACCACUACAGUUCUCCGGUGUUUGGGCAUUCCCACUCGCAGUGUGACAAACUUCAGCUCCGCCCAUGACACGGACGUUUCCUUAACCACUGAUGUGUAUGUCGAUGAGAGGAUGAGGCCGAUUGAGAGUCUUAACAGGGAUUCUAUCUGGAAUUUUCAUGUGUGGAAUGACUGCUGGAUGGCUCGUCCUGAUCUCCCAGACGGCCUGGGCGGCUGGCAGGCCGUGGAUGCCACGCCUCAAGAGACGAGUCAGGGCUUGUACUGCUGUGGCCCUGCCCCCGUGGCAGCCAUCCGUGAUGGACUGGUCUAUUUCAAAUACGAUGCAGCCUUUGUCUUUGCUGAGGUUAACAGCGACAGGAUCUACUGGCAGAGACAAGCUAACGGCUCCUUCACUCCGAUCUCCUGCGAGAAGUCCGUGGUUGGUCAAUGCAUCAGCACCAAGGCGGUCGGCUCUGACCGCAGAGUGGACAUAACACACCUCUACAAACACCCGGAAGGAUCUGAAGAGGAGCGACUCGCAGUGGAAUGUGCUUGCCGCUAUGGCUCCAAACCUAACACCUAUAGCUCUGCUCUGGCCAAUGAUGUCACUGUAAAGGUAGCCCUGAAAGGGGAGGAGCCUCAGAUAGGCCAGGAUGCUCAUCUGUCCAUCACUGUGAAGAACAGCAGCUCUGAGGUGCGCAGUAUUGACCUCUACCUCCAGGUGGCGGUCAUAUACUACACUGGAGUGCUAAAAGACACAAUCAAGAGUGAUGACAUAUCGGUGAAUCUCAAAUCACAGGAAGUCAAGACACUAGAUUGGACACUGCCUUAUAAGCUGUAUAAGGACCAGCUAGUGGAACAAGCAGCACUGAUGCUCACCUUGGCUGGAAAAGUCAGUGAGACCAAGCAGAUUCUGGCAACCAGGUUCAACUUCCGCCUGCGCAUGCCCAACAUCACCAUCACCCCUGUAGGAGAUGCUGUGGUGGGGAGAGAAAUGGCAGCUAAAAUCGUAUUUGAGAAUCCUUUAGAGUGCACCCUGAAAAGAGCCACUUUGCGCAUCGAGGGCUUGGGCUUGCAGGCGACAAAAGUGCUCUCCUUCGGGGACAUUGAUGGUCUGGCACCAGUCACCAUGACAGUGAAGUUCACUCCCACUUUAUCUGGUCAGAGGAAACUUCUCGCCUCUCUGGACAGUCAGCAGCUCAUGCAGGUUUAUGGCGUUGCCGACAUCCUCGUCAAGGAGAAGUGAAAACACACGGGAGCUUAAAUUCAAAGACGCUGUGCAUUCGUAUAGCUGGUGCUGUGCUUAAGUGAGAAAGGAUUAUUAUAAUAAUUAUGGUAUUUGGGUUCUGAUUAAUAAUCACUGCUUAUUGCUUAUUUUUUCAACAAAUCUUAAAGAAAGUACAAAGGAAAAGAACAAUUAAUUUUUUUCUUUAUUAUUUGGUUGUUUUUAUGGGACUUUUAAUAGAUUUAAUAGAUUUUAAUUGUUUACCUUUGAGACUUUUGUGGAUUUUGUUUUCUAUAUAGUGUGUCUAUAUACAUAUACAGUAUAUUUACACUGAUCAGACAUAACAUUGUGAGCAGUGAGAGGUGAAGUGAAUAACACUGAUGAUCUCCUCAUCAUGGAACCUGUUAGUGGGUGGGAUACUAGGCAGCAAGUGAACAUUUGAUCCUCAAAGGUGAUGUGUUAGAAGCAGGAAAAAUGGGCAAGAUUUGAGUUUGUGGGGUGUUCCCGGUCUGCAGUGGUCAGUAUCUAUCAAAAGUGGUCAAAGGAAGAAACAGUGGUGAACCGGCAACAGGGUCAUGGGCAGCCAAGGCUCAUUGAUGGGCGUGGGGAGCGAAGGCUGGACCAUGUGAUCCAAUCCAACAGAUGAGCUACUGUUGUUCAAAUUGACUGAAGAAGUUAAUGCUGGUUCUGAUAUAAAGGAUAGAAAUACUUCUAAAACACUACAAUUUCUUAAAGUCCUGAGUGUCUACUUUCAUAUGAGCUUCAUAUUAACCUCCACUGUGGUGUGGAACAUGACAGACACUCAAUUAUCUACAUGGACACAAUAAAAACAAGAGGAAACUUCAUUUUCUGGCCCUAUAAAUGAAUGAAAUAGACUCCUAGUAGUAACCUCCUUAUUCUUUCCAUCUAUCUGUUUUUCCUCUAGUAAUGUACUUUCCACACCCACCACCACCACCCAUCAUCUACUCUCUAGUAAUAAUACAGUCUUCUUUAGUGGGUGUGGCACAAAGCAGAACCCAUCCAGGCCUCCAGGUCACGUUCUCAGUCCCAUAAUCAUUCAUACCCCUUCAAAUAAUGGUGUUUACUUGGACUACAUAAGAUACUUUUAAGAUACUUUAUUCAGUGUUACUUUACCAUUAUCUCUCCUCUGCAUAAGCUUUAAUAAGCUUUUUACACUCUUUAAAUUCAAGACCUCUUUAAAUUCUACUCUAUUUGAUCUUAUGAGACUUUAUCCAGUUUGUAAUAUUUUUUGGAUGAAAAAGAACAUACAUUUGAAACAAAUUUUGUUUCAUAAUAUUAUGAAUAUUAUACAUAAUAUUAUAUUAUGUUUAAUAAUAGUUCAUAGAAGACAAAACUCACACUAGCUUGUACCUUCUCAGAUGUUAUGAUAUGCUUCUUGCGUGUCUCUGCAACAUUCAUCUCUUAAUUUUUUCCGUCAUCACUGCUGAAGUUAAAUGGUAAUGGUAAGUUGAAAUGGUAAAUAAUCACAUCGUGUACUUCAUUCAAGCUUUGUUUCUAUGACGACCGGCUGUUACGCUUAUUACACUGUGUAAGAACA